AUGGAUCCGUACUACAAUGGCUCGACCACGAUUCGACUACAGCCGCAGGACUCUAUGCGAGACAUCGGAUGUGGAGACUUUUCUUCAGGGCCGAUUGCUAUUUUCAACAACUCACUUCUAGCUGUUACGCAGACAAAUGGGCAUCUUGUGCUGGAGAACCAUGAUGCUGCCAAUCCGUUGGCCUUCAGUCUGAAGUUCUGGAACUCAGACCUGAACAUUUUGCCGUCUGGGAACAUGAACGAUGGUCCCAUCAAGGAUAUCCAGGAUAUCAGCUCCGUCCAGAUGAACACGAAAGACACACCGGACGAUCCUACAGCCGCACCACCCUGGAAUCUCACCGCGUACCACGAUGCAGCUCUUACUUAUUCCUUCACUGGCUACCGCAACUCGACCGUCUCACCACAAGCCCUACGCUUCAACUACACCCAAUGUGCGACUCGUUCGCUAGCCGUGUACAAUGGCACAAUCGUCGGAGCGCAAUCUUCCUGCUCACCCAAUACCAGCAUCAACAGCGUACCCAGAGUGAGCGGACGGUUCAGCAAUGGUAGCGCUUCGCUCGAGAUCCAAGGUUUCUACCAAGGCAAAUCAAAUCAAGGCAGUCUUGUUGAGGGCAACGUAACGAUUAAUUUCAACGGAACCAUUGAUGAAAUAAGAAGUGACCGAUUAGUUUCGAACACGCAUGACUCAACGCCAAUUUGGCAGUCGACGCUGGGUUAUGAGAAGGACUUGACGGGUCAGAGGCCGCCAAGUCAGCAGGGCGUCGGCAAGACAUUGGAAGUAGGAUGGAGCCAGUUGCUCGGGAUACUAGCUCUCAUGGCGCUCUAUCGCGUAUAG